AUGCAGAGAGCAGACGAAGACGACGUCUGUCAAAUGACAAAUAUUUUGUGUUUACAUGUUUCGGUUACCUGAUUGAUUGUUAUUGUUUAAAAAAAUACGUUUCCGAUAAGAAUUGAAAGGCGAUAAGUAAAUAGCAAUUCUCCAUGAAAGUGUAAAAUAGUUUUCAGUUAAAAUGGUUGUUAUGAAUGAGUGAUAGAAAAUAAUAUAACCUCAAAAUCUUUUUUCCGGAUUGGAAAAAAUUGUUUAAAACAGUGCAAAAAUAUAAUGAAAGAUUCUUGUGAAAUCUCUGAGAACUCAUUGAUAAUGGACACAGGUAUUGAGCCAACAAGACACAGAUUUCCUUUUUGUGUUGUCUGGACCCCAAUUCCUCUCUUGACUUAUCUAUUCCCGUUUAUUGGUCACAUGGGAAUAGGAACGUCUAAAGGAAUAAUUGUUGAUUUUGCUGGUCCAUAUCAUGUUUCUGAAGAUUCCAUGGCAUUUGGAUGGCCAACAAAAUACUGGCAAUUAGAUUAUGCAAAAGCGAAGGGAGGAGUUCAAGGAUGGGAUUCGGCAAUUGCGGAAGGUGCAGAAGUUUACAGGGGCAGAAUGCACAACUUAUGUUGGGACAACUGUUAUUCUCAUGUUGCUUUGACAUUAAAAUUAAUGAAUUACGAUAACACGAGUCACUGGAAUAUGAUAAAAAUCGGAUUUCUCAUGACUAUUUACGGAAAAUAUAUUAGUUUCCGUCAUUUCGUCCAAACCUGGGGACCUUUCACUAUCAUCAUCUCUGUAAUUCUUCUCAUCUACUUUUUAACAUAAAUUUAAUUAUUAACUAUUUUCUACGAUUAAUUGUUAAUUAUUCUUAACGUUAAUUAAGAUAAUUUUAAUUGCGAUAUCGUUAACAACAGGCAAUUGAAACAAUUAAUUUUUAAUUAUUCUGGAAAGUAGUUAAUUUUUAAUCAAAAGUGGAAACAAAAUUCAAAGAACAAAUUUUUUUUUGUUACUAUUGAGACGAUUACUUUUUAUUAAUUUUGAGGUAAAUUGUUUAUAAUUGUAAAUGUACGUGUAUCUUAUGUAAAUAUUUUAAUAUAUACAGUUUAUCUAAACAUUUUCGAAUGAGUAAUUCUUUAAAUUUUCUAUUUUUUUAAAAUGAAC